AUGGAUAUUUCUCGACCGGUAGUGGAAAAACCACGUUUCAUACAUGUGGAGAAGUUUGUGGAAUCUCGCACGAACUCUAUCGCACAACUGCUGAAGGUGAAUGUCCGUCAGAUCCUGAUAAACAGACUAGAUUUGCAGGCUAUUGAUAAUGAUGCAUUGGUUUCUGGAGAAGUCACGAAAGGGCCGAGAACUGCCGCUCAGAGACUGCCACGCCAUAUGAGAAGGUGCUCAAUUUUCAAAGUUUACCUAUUCAACUGUCUUUCUCAGAAGAGCGAUGGCCUACGAUGUCCGUCGAUUCCCGAAAACAAUGCGCGAGUAUGCGAGGUCUCACUUGAUUUCUAAGCAUGCCAAGAAGUGUCCGAGCAGGUUCGCAAGACGAAAAAACGUCAAUUCGAGAGAUGUAAGGCAUCUGAAAAGGUCAAAUUGUAGACGAGAGCUUCAGAAAUUCGGUCGUAGCACUUCCACGAAAGGCAAAUGGCUGUCGACGCACGUGUGGCAUGCGAAACGCUUCCGGAUGACGUCGAAAUGGGGGUUCAAGAUCGCGGAUCGCAGUUUCCAACGCGGCUUUCGAGCUGUUCUUCGGGACUCCAACAAGUAUUGUGUCAUUCGAGAUCGUUCUUAUUAUUCCUGUGUUACGGUAGCUCGCAUUGAAUUCUUCUCAUUAAAAUAGUAUCGAAUUGCAGAUCAAAUCCCCAGACGCCUUGAAAAAAGUGUUGGAAUUCUCGCAAACGACGUGCCGAGGACAGUCGUCACGCGGCGAAGAAGAGGUAAUCAUUAAGGGGAACCGGUUCUCUCUCUCUCUCUCUCGCCACUUUCCUCUCCGUUUAUCUCCUUCUUUUAGGCACUCAUUAUUCAUUUUUUCGCUUUAUUCAGGAAUGUCAUCAGCUGUACGUGCCCGGGCAGUUCCCACUCGGAUACAUCGGACCAGCUCGAUUCCAGAGAUUAACUGGAGAACGGAACGAUAAAGUGUACGUUUGGAUGCAUCCGUCAGCGAAAGAAACAUUCAUGAACACCUUUUCUGAGAAGUUUGGACUCAAAAGAGAAGAAGGAAAUGAAGAAACGGAACAACCUUCUCGAUAUGUGAAUGGAAAUCUGGAAGUCACCGUGGACACGGAGAACAUCAGCAGAUUCCACCUUUCCGGUCCGAAAUGCCUCACCAAGUUGCGUGAUUCUGUUCGGCUCGUCAAAGAGACGAAGUUCCAAUCCGAACAUGACAGAUUCCUGUCCGUCGCGGACUCAGUUUUCUCUUCAACUCGUGACGGAGAAGUGCUCUACUUGCUCAUCGAAGAUCCCAGGACCGCUUGGGACAGAAAGACAGUGCUGAGCAACAACAGGAAAGGCGAGGAAGCAAAAGACGUUGAUGGAGACUGGAGAGAACAGAACGAGCCGGUGAAUGAGUUCUGGAGCCGUGAAUUUAGAGAGCAGGCGAUAGCGAAAAGGUAUUCGUUCUGAAAACAAUGCAAUUCAAUGUCUAGUGCUUCUUCAGAGUUUCCGAUGGCGAGUUCCAAAAGCAGAAUGCACAGAGAAUCGGAGGACUCGUUUCGACGGAAGCAAAAGUACCAAUUGUCGUCAUUAUCAGAAACGGUGGAUUCAAGGCUCUCGAUGGAAUUGAUCUGAUCAUUCCAGAACCAUUUUGUAAGCCUCGCAGCCUUCCCUCGUCUCUCAACAUUGAUCCAUUCCAGCAAAAGAUCUUUGGGUGGCUCUGCAAAGACGAGGCGUCCGUGCCAGUGGCCUUCGUGACGAGAUUUCCGCUCAUCUCGAGUCGCAAACUUUCUGUUACCCGAUCGAUGACGUGGAAUCGCAGGCGGGGAAGGAGUCGGAGGAAGCAAUGAAGCACGAGCUGACGAGAACUUAUCUAGCGAAGCCUCACAAUCGGAGGUGCAAGUUCUGGAGUGCCCUCUCGGUGAAAUAUCCGUUUGAGUUUCGAUGGAAUGAACUGGCGAAAGGUUGGAAUUCACGUGCGGAAAAGGCCUUUGUCUGUCGGGAUCUUCUAAAGUUGCGAGAAAUAAAACAGGGAUUGAAGAGAGCGGAAGGACUGGAUCAGAUUGUAAAAGCGAAUGAAGGAAUGCUCGUGCCAGUGAGACUCGCGUUCGUGGGAAGAGGAAGACCGAAGCGCUUCGGAAUGAUCUGCCUCCCGACCACCGACGAUCUGAUUUCAAUUCGGCGAAACAGAAAUCUUGAGAUCAUCCAAACGCCGAGAACGUCAUCUGAAAUUGAAGAGCCAAUGGAGGUUGACGAGGAGAUUCCACGGAAAGAAUUAGAAGGAUACGUUUCCCUCGACGCCGCCGCUACAGAAAAACCGAUCAGUCUGAAGUGGCUGUUUGAGGAGAGCACAAAGCUAGAUGACAAGUAAUUCGCUAGUUGCAGAUUAUCCUAAAUGGAAAUGUUCCAGAACACUAAAGAGAAAACGAGCGAAUCGCAGAAAGAAGGAAUCGAAAAAGCGGCAAAAGUUGGAGUUUGGGAAGCGAAGAGAAGAGGCGGAAGAGGAAGAAACGCAGAGAUCACAGACGGAAUACAGACUUUCGGCGAAUCGGUUGGAUUUAUCUAAAAUCCGAAAGUUCAUAAUUACAUUCAUAAUGAUUACAGCGAGAUAAUUGGUAGAGUAGUGGCCGGCGAACAGAGUGUUCUCGGAGGACGCGGCCUCGCCAUCGGCUACAUUUGUGCGGACGUCCUUCCGAUUAUCGCUUCCAACUAUCACAAAAGUAAGUGUCUCUCGGGUCGUGUUCUUUAAAAAUUGCCCAUUUUCAGCGAAAACGAUUGUGAUGGUUCGUAACAACACUUCCAAGUACUAUCAUCCGGCCUACUUGACCGUUUUGACGAGUGCCAUUCAGAUUUGA